AUAGGUAAAUAGAUAGGUAAAUAGAUUAGGUAGAUAGAAAAAGAGGGAGAAAAAAAAGAGAAAAAAAAGAGAAAAAAAAAGAGAGAUAGAAAGAAUAGGAUAAGAAUUUAUUGGAAAGAUUGGAGUCGCGAUCGCGUCGCGAGAGGAUGAAGUUUCCUCGAUGGCGCGCGAUCGCGGCACGGUGGAUGAUAGAAAAGUACAGAAAGUGCUGCUUGGUUGGACGCGUGUCGAAGGAGGAAAAGGAGGAAGAGAAAGAAGAGGGUAGCGGUUGAGGUGGUGGUGGUGGUAGUGGGUGCCCCCUCUCGUUAUUGACGCGAGGGUUGGCCGAAAACGGCGGCCAUGUCGGUCGAGAGGUUCGCGUUGUGAUCGCCGGAUGGCGCUGGUUCCGUCCUUGCUUCCGUUGUCGCGGUCCACCCUGCCUGCGCUGGAAUGCCCUCGAGGAGGAGGAGGAGACCGUCGAGCUUUUCUACGGGGCCUUUUCGCGUCGCGAUCAGGUGACUACCUCCUAGUCCAACACCAUAUCCGGUUGUUUCGUCGUUUCCGCGUUCUACCCGCGUCUCAUUUAUCGCGUUUAUCAGCCGGACGUGUCACAGUGUCAAAGGGUGAAAAGGGUGAAAAGUAAGAGAGGAAAGAACUCACGCACUAUGAGUUGGAAAGCGAAGGAUAGGGAUGAAGUGAGGGGGUAGAUAGUGCAAAGUAGGGUGACAGUAGAAGAAAAAGGAGAACGAGAAGAAGAAGAAAGCAAAAUAAAUAGAUAGAUAGAUAGAGAGAGAGAGAGAGAGAGAGAGAGAAAGUGAAUUAGUGAGGGGAAGAAAGAAUAAUCAAAUAAACGGGUGGUCCAUUUUCAAACGCGAAAGAGAAUCGAGGUGAUAGUUGUGCGGUGCUGUGUCUUCUUGUUGUGACCUCGAAGCUCGUGAACUAUUUUUCUCGGACUCGAGCAACGCCCGAGUUAUCGUGACGACGAAAGAUCUAUUUCCUAAUCUUUUAUGAAAAGAAACAAGAUGAAAAGUUACUUAUAGAAAGAGAGAGAGAGAGAGAGAGAAAUAGAGUAAGUAAGAUAGAAAAAAGAAGAGAGAAAAAGAGAGAUAGAUAUAACGACACAGCAUAUGAGCAAGGGUAGAGAGUGAGAGAGAGAGAGUGAGAGAGAGAGAGAGAGAGAGAGAGAGGGAGGUCGCAGCGACCGAGUUAAAGCGCGAACGCGGAACACGGGAGUGUCGUCCACCAUUUUGGGUGCGCGAGGUUAUUCGAUGCAUGCAUGGAUACAUCGUUCAAGAAGGGACCUCAUAGUCCUUCCUUAUUGGCAAACAAUGAAAAUCAGCAAAUAGAAAUGGUGCGUUGAUGAGGGGGCUCGAGGGUGGUAGAUGGUGAUGUAGCUAUGGAAAUCAAGGAUCCAGGUGUCGUGUCAUGAGUUCGAACGGACGGAGAAGGUGGUGCUGGUGGUUGAUUAUUCUGUGCUUUCGUGUUUGUGCUACAUAAGGUACUAUAAAUUGUUCGUGUUUUAUUAUUUGACGAUUAAACGAACGCAAAAAGAAAUAUAAAAAAAAGAAAAGAAAGAAACAGUAAGCACAGAUGGAAGGAAAGAAGGAAGAAGUAACAAAUUGAAGAUAAAUCGAAAUACGCGGGCAUUUGUUAUCGGUCAGAGGUGUGCCAAACUCGUGAUCGUUCGAAUUCGCGAGUUUUCGUGUAUCCAGAUCGUGCGUUGUUCGGACAGGUGGACUGGGUGCACGCAUCUUGAGCAGGAGGAAGAGGGAGAGAGAGAAAUAAAAGGAAAGAAAAAGAGAGAGAAAGAGAGAAAGAAAGAAAGUGAAGACGCGACACUAGACGCUUGGUCUUUCGAUGAUCGUAAAGACUGAUGCCGAAGGAGGAGGAGGGUGAAGAAGAAAACGAAGAUAAAUGAGCACGACGCAACGACGACAACGACGGGGAGAGGAGUACGCUCGCUCGAUUGCAAAGCUACCGAAAGCUAGAAUAACGGGUGAGAGCGGGGAGGAGGUUCGUUAGAAGAUUCGACUACGAUUUAGCGAUAAUGUUACGCGCGUUAAAUCGGCUCGGCCGUGAGCUUAAAUGAUAUGCAUAUGCAUCUAUAUUACGUGAAAGAGGGUGAGUCUAUCGUCAAGGAAGAUAUGAAAGUGCGCGACAAGUGAAAUAUUAUUUUUCCUAUAUUAAUAUAGUUUUAUUUAUUAUAUCGUUAACUCGUGUCUGAUUAUAUUCGUUCCGUGUUUAUUUCGACUACGCGCGUUUUCCUCUCUCUGUCUGCCUGUGUGUCUUUCUUUCUCUCUCUCUCUCUCUCUCUCUCUCCUCCUUUUCCUCUCUCUCUCUCUCUCUCUCUCUCUCUCACUCACUCACUCACUCACUCACUUAAUUUCUUUCUCUUCCUCGUCGAACGCAGUGAUACCAAAAAAGGUUUUCAUCCUCGCAGUUAAUGUUUUCGUUGCUGGUGUGCUGUUUCCGGUGUAACCUUCAAAACGAUGGUUAUAUUAAUAAUACAUCAUCGUCGUCGUUUUUGAUUGAAAAGUAAAGAUAAAUAAAUAAACAAAUUGUUCAAAUCGGAACUUAUCGGAACGUAUCGGAAGGAACGAAGACGUAAAGUGUUUUCGUCAUCGUUAGUUGUUUUCGGUAACUCGUCGUGUUCGGUCUCGCGUUCGACGAGUCUCUCUAAGUGAACGACUCUAUUGUUGUUCCUUCACUUUCCUCGCGUUCGUUUUCUCAUUAAUUAUAUUAUUAUUGCAAUAAUAUAAUAUAUAUUAUUAAUAUAUUUGAGUGCCGGGGGGUGGGGUGGGGGUGGAUCUAACAGUGUGCGACAAUUACGAGUGUGUUCAUAUUAUUCCAUGGUUAAUAUUAUUAUUAUUAUUUAUAUUGCCGUUCGACGUUGUUGCAAAGACACAAGGGAUUACGCGCGUGGUCAACGCACGACGACGACGACGAUUACAACGACGACGAUUACACGAAAAUUACGAAGACAUCAUUUUCUUCUCCAUUAGACAAUCUGUGGUAUGCGUAAACCAAAGGACGACGAGGGUAGUAGAGGCGUAAAGCAUGGCGCAGUAGCGCUAGUUCUCGGUAUUACCUUUGGUUCAAAGGGUGUCGGAGAGGGUCUACUCGCUUUGGAGCGUAUCGAGGGCCGAACAACCGGCCGGUGAGCACCGCAACGGGGGGAGCAACCCCGUUGCCUCGGUCAACGUCUACAAACCACCCUCGAGUCUGUUACCGUCGACGAACAGCAGAACAGGUGCGUGAGGAAAUAAAUCGGUGAUGUCCUGACAGUGGGCCCCGGGCCACCAGGAUGCCGACAGACGACGACUAUGGCCGAAGAGAACGUCACCUGUUGCACCAGCACCCGAUUGCCCAGUACGGGCCCUCGUCAUCCCCGAUUCCAGGGCCCAAUAGUGGAAACUCCGGGAGUGUCGGGACACAAAUCGUUGCCGGUAACCAAGCGGAUUGCUAUAAACAGCAACAACAACAACAGCAGCAGCAGCAGCAACAACAGCAGUCCGAUUCGCGAUCAACGCCAACAAUCCCUGGCACGUCAAACCAAGAUCGUUAUCAAACCGAUCAGCAAGUUCAGAGCAACGAUCACAGCGAGUAUGGUGUCUCUCGUGAAAGAGUCACGGCGAUCGAUCGGCACGACAAGUCAACGGACAAGUCCUCAAUCGAGGAUUAUGGCAAAUCCAAUGUCGAGACUCGAUCGGUUCAGUCGAGCUGCGAGCGAUUCGGACAUUACCAAAAUCAAGAGAGAUUCGGUCAAUCCGGAUUGCAAGCUCAUCACCAAUACACCGGAAGACAAACUAGUUCGGGCCAAUCCUUGUCGCAGAACAUCCUUGUCGACCGAUUCGCUCGAUUCACUGAUCUCAGCAACCUGCAUGCCGAACAAAGAUUGUCUAUACCGUCAGGAGAUCGGUUUCAGGUCGCUAACGGGGGUGAAUUGCGUUUCCAUCACGUCAGCAACGAUCCCGGACUCGCAUCAACGAACAACGAGUACGCGAACGCAAACGUCCUCGUAUCUUCGUGCACGUCAAGCUCCUUCUCGUCGGAGACCUUUCCGUCGCCACCCUCACCGGCACCAGCCAACGAUCGGUUCGUGCCGCCCCCGCCCCUCUCGCCCAGCCCAAGCGAGAAGUAUGCCUCGUCCCAGAGCCUGGCUGGUUAUCCUCCUGCUGAUAGGAUUUUGCCCCCCGGUUCUCCGGGCGCCAGAUAUGGCGGUGGAACAGCACCAGCCUCGCCUAUGCCAACGAAGGACCGAUUCGUUUCGGGUGAACGAUUGUUGGCCAAUCAACAACAGUCGAGUUGCAACGCGACAAGCAUGCACGAUGUCAAGGAUCAACAACAGCAACGAUACACUGGAAACAAUGGGGGGGAUCGUCUCUUGUCGGGAUCGUCGCCAGUGUUGGGAGCCCUUCAGACCAAUUUACAAAUCGACCGGAAUAUCCUUGGAAGUUACGUCGGGUCAGGUAAAGAUUCACCAGCCUCGAGAUAUACCACGAUCUCGACCGAGAGAUUACUCUCGGCAUCGCCGAUUCACGCGCCCGUACCCGAAAGAUUCGCCGGUAAAUCGUCCGACAGAUACGGACACGGCGAGUCACCGAUUCAUGAACGGUAUCACCGUUCCCAACAAGAGACAUCAUCGAGUUUGCACCACGAUCGUUACUCAUCGAUCGCAACGAGUAGCGAAAGGUUUUUCCCGUUACCCACGUCGAAUAACGAAGGGACGCAUCAAAGAUAUUCCACGACGGAGAGAUCUCUUCAGGUACCAAAUGCGAACGAUCAAAAUAGACGACUCUAUGCCGACAGAGCGGUCGAGGUCGUUUGUCAAAAAUAUUCCGAAAGAUCUAAUGGGUCGAAUCAGGGAGGACAAGGACAAGGACAAGGCGGCGGCGGCAGUGGCGGCAACGGUAACGCGGAAUACGGUAGAUACUCGAAUUUUCAUGAUGUCAGAUUCAACGAGCUCGUUAUCCAAAGAUCCUGCGGUCAGGCACGCGGCAACGAAAGAUACUCCGUUGGUGGGGUCGCUUAUCUCGCGGCAUCGUCCCCAGGACACGAGGUUAGAUCGUCGAACGUUGCAGAAACGUCGUCGUCUUCCAGGUACGUCGUCUCAGAUGCGAACGCAACCGAACGUAUCCUGGCCGCGACGUCGUCUUCACCGUCGUCGUCUUCGGAAACUGGAACGCGCUAUCAUUCGCCGUACACGAAUGCCAAUGGCAUCCAAUCGUCAUCGGCGGCGACGGUUAACGAUCGCUUCUCCUCGAUUUCACCGACCCCAGAAACGUCAGGUUCGGUACUCCGAGGAACCGUUGCAAAUGCUGGACCAAAUGGAACCUAUCAGAGCUCGUCGAAGAACGGAGGAGAUAAGUUCCUCCAAGUGUCGAAGUCGGUCCAAAGCUAUGCCACCGACAGAUAUUCGCUCGGGAACGAGCAUCAGUUUGACAGACCGGUUCAAGACCGAUACGACAGGUUUCCGGCGUCAGGGAGCUCAAACGAUCGAUUCUCAUCGUCUACUACCACUCCUGACCGCUUUCACCCUCCUUCUGAUCGAUACUCUCCGGCACGUAGCGUCCCGGACAAGUACCUGUCUUUACCGAAACCAAAAGAUAGAUUUACCGGUAGGAUAGCGCCGAUCUCUAGCUGCGCCACUUCUUCCGUCGUUCCUACGUCGACCGAUAGGCCCUACGGAUCGUCGAGUACCGGCACUUACGUCCCGCCGACGGCUCACACUCCGGUCGAACGGUAUGUGCCGCAACCACCUCCGGAGGUGCUCUAUCCGGACAGGUACGUGGACAGGUACGUACCACCGGUUGCCCAUACCCCAACGGAUCGUUACGUGCCCACCAACGACCCCGGUGAUCCGUACAUGAGGAGAGACCUGGGCUUCCAUCAUCAUUACCGGCUACCACCACCAGCCGGAUAUCCGUACCACCAGGCGCACUUCCGGUUCCGCGGUUUCGCCUACGCGUCACCGGCUCGUCUAGGUGGAAGUCCAGGUUCCAGUAGCUCGAGCAGCUCAGCAACGUCGAAUCAAAGAGGUGCUGGUGGCGGAGGAGGAGGUGCUGGAAGUGGCGGAGGAGGAAAUGCUGGAGGAGCUGGCGUAGUCGGUGGAGCUGGAGGUGGGGGAGGAGGGGGAGGUGGGGGAGGAGAGAGCUUCUCGACGUCACCGUUGCUUAGGCCAAAGUUACGCACGUCUGCGGUUGAAUUUACGACUAAUUCUGCUGGCAUCGUAGCGAGACACGUUUGCGCCAAUCCACCAUCUUGUUGUAACGAAGCUACAAAUGCUAACGGACAAAGGCCAUGUUGUCAACCCAUAAGAAGAUCUCUACCACCUGGUGCGCUGCCAUCUAUACCGGCACAAUCCACUCAUUCCUCUUGGCAACCGUCACCGAGUUCCGGUACUACGGUAACAUCAACGAUCUCGUCGAAUGGUGGCGAAGGCGAUGGCAAUCAAGUGAUCGGCAUGUAUGCUGUUGGUACAAACGUUCCAACGUCUACGGAAACGUCAACGGUAACUCCAGUAACGACAGCAUCAUCAUCAUCAUCGAUUCAGAUGACCGGAAAUAGUACAGCUAUGGGUACACAUUCAGCAAGUAAUAUUACAAGAAGUAUGUCCGCACCAACAGCUCCAAGGCCACACGUUCAAAUUACUAGUUCAGCUAGCGUUUCUGCUGGAAAUUCUCAAAGACCACGACUUCGAAGGAAUAUGAGCCGAACCGAAGCUAUUCGAAAUUACAUCAAGCGCGAAACCGCACAAUUCUUUGGCGUCGACGAAGAAACCGAGACCGCGGAAAAGCAGAGAUGGUUGGAUCGACGACGACGAAUGGCAACGAGGAAGUACGGUGCUCUGGUGCCGGAACAUAGACCACCGGAUCCAGAUAUUACGAGGGACGUACCGGAUACCACGGACAUACCCGAGGGCGUGACGUUGAGACGAUGGCAACAACCAGUACGAAGGAAAGACUCUGUCGCAAGGAUGACACUGUCAGGUCUUCACUACGUAGUCGAGUCAAUGACGAGACAACGUCCAAGAGAAAGAUCUCGAACGAGGCCAGAAUCUCGAAGUUUUCCACCGAGCGUAAUCGCGUAUCUGUCAAGGACAGAAGGUGUAUCAUCUCCAGAAAGCGGUCAGGAAGAAGAAGAAUCGUUUUUCGAAAGACCACCUCCUCCACCACCGCCAUUACCUCCGCCAGCUUUGUCGAGUCAGCAACAAUCCCAAACGCAAAUCGAACAGACUACUGGUGGAUUGGCUAAAGCCGAAGAUGUCGAUAGCAAGAUAGAAAUUCGAGAUUCAGGGAACGAACGUGAUACGAGCGAGGAAUUGGUCAGGUUCGCACAGCAAAAAGAUGAAAGGAGUACAAUUGACGGACAAGUUAGGAGACCUCAUCAGGUCACGAGGGACCAUUAUACUUCAAGAUAUUACAGAAAAACUAGUUGGAGCAGGUCGAAAUACGACAGCCCACUAAGGGAAGACACAAGGAUGCAGCAUGACGAUGGUGUCUCUCUGAGAAGGGAAAUGACCGGUGGUACGAGAAUCUCGUCUAAUACCAUCGAUCGUAUCUUCGAUAAUAGUAAUCGACGGCAAUAUGGCAUGGGAAUCGUUGGACGAUUCUUUGGAAGAUCCUUUCGAAAGAGCGUAACCAACAAACCGGAAGUGAGAAAGCAAUUGGACGAUUUCGAAGAUCACAGACCUUACUUUACAUAUUGGAUCACGACGGUACAGGUUCUCAUUCUGAUAAUAUCUUUGGCGUGUUAUGGUUUUGGACCUGUUGGUUUGGAACUCAAUCAUAGAUCAGCAAGGGUAUUGGUAACGAGUUUAUCGUUGCAAGAGGUCGAUUAUCAAGAGCCUGCAAAUUUCUGGUUUGGACCAAGAGCAGCGGAUUUGAUUCAUCUCGGUGCAAAAUUUGCACCCUGUAUGCGUCGAGAUAUUAAAAUAUUAAAAGAGAUCGACAUAUGGAGAGAAAGAGAACGCGAUACUGCUUGCUGUAUUAGAAACGAUGAUUCCGGUUGUGUACAAUCUAGUAAAGCCGACUGUUCAGUCCGAGGAUUGAAAUCAACAAUUACGAAUACAAUAUCGACCUGGAAAAAAUGGGGCCCUGGAGAUAGUGGACCCGGUGGACGAAUAAGUGGAUCCGUUUGUGGUUUGGAUCCAAAAUUUUGUGAUGCACCAGCGAGCAUAGCCCCAUACGAAUGGCCAGAUGAUAUCACCAAAUGGCCUAUCUGUCGAAAAACUAAUCCGUUCAGUCAGCGGUACAACAAAAAUUUGAAUCAAAGAGGAAAUGGAAACUUCCCGAUUGGUCGAUACAAAGACAAAAUGGCGGAGCACAUGGUUUGCGAGGUGAUAGGACAUCCCUGUUGUAUUGGUAUUCAUGGAAUGUGUAGAAUAACAACAAAGGAAUAUUGUGACUUUGUUGGUGGUUAUUUCCACGAGGAAGCAUCCUUGUGCUCCCAAGUCGAAUGCCUCCAUGACGUUUGCGGUAUGAUACCGUUCCUCCAUCCUGAAUGGCCGGACCAGUUUUACAGAUUAUUCACUACGACCUUUCUUCAUGCUGGAAUUCUACACCUGGGGAUCACUCUGCUGAUCCAAUAUUUCUUGAUGAGAGACUUGGAAAAGUUAACGGGUUCGUUGCGUAUCGCUUUGAUCUAUUUCAUCGGUGCGUUAGCUGGAAAUUUGGCCAGUGCCAUAUUCGUUCCUUACAGAGCGGAGGUUGGUCCAGCUGGUGCACACUUUGCAUUGCUCGCAACAUUAGUCGUCGAGGUCCUGAAUAGCUGGCAAAUGCUAAAACAUCCAAGGCGAGCACUUAUCAAGUUACUCUCAACACUCUUCGGUUUACUAAUACUCGGUGUUUUACCAUGGAUCGACAACUAUGCGCACCUAUUUGGCUUUAUCUUCGGCUUCUUUGCGGCUUACGCAUUCAUGCCUUUCGUCUCCUUCGGCCAUUACGAUAGGCGUCGUAAAAUCUUUAUUAUCUGGGUUUGCCUCGUACUCAUAGUCAGUCUAUUCAUUCUACUUCUUGCCCUCUUUUACAACGUCCCCCUCUAUGAUUGCGAGGCCUGCAAGCUCUUCAAUUGCAUACCCUUUACGCGCGACUUUUGCGCCUCGCAAAAUAUCAACAUCAAAAGGGAAGAGCCUGUAUGACACACGGGGCCGCGGUUCAAAGUCGAGCGCGAAGUACCGUUCGGCCCCCGAUCCUACGCUCGUUCUCAUCCUACAACAACAAAAACAACAAUUGCAACAACAAUAAGCCCAAAAAUCUCGAUCCAACGGAUUCUCUUAGCCCACCUGGCUAUAAUCCUCUCGAAUCCUCCAUACGAUCGUCAUCUGCGAUACCUGAAGGAAUGAUCGAGACCCAAUACUGUCUCUUGUUCUCUUUAAAAUUGUACAAAAAAGAAAAAAAAAGAAAAAGAAAGAAAAGAAAAAAAGUAACAUUGACACAUAACAUAGUGUCUCGAAGAAGUGCAAGAAAUCCGAUAAAGUGGCGAAUCGAUCGGAUUUAAAUGAAUAUUCAAAGAAAAAGAAAAUGAUUAAAACCACGAUGAAUAAGAACAAAAUAUAUUCACUACGUUGUUGUUGUUUUCUGUGCUUCUUUCUCCAUUUCUUCUUCGCUCACUGCCAAGAGAAUGCAACUGCGAAGAACGACUACAAUGGCGACUAAACUUACUAAAGAUCGAGAUGAUGAACCGACAUAAUGCCUUAAACAAGUAUAAUCGCAAGUACUCUCUCGUCGUUCUUCUCCUUCUCGAGUAAAUAAAUAAAUAAAUAAAUAAAUAAAUAAAUAAAUAAAGAAAGAAAAAAAUUAAAUAAAUAAAUAAUUAAAAAUACAACAGGAUUUAGAAUUCUCGAUUUUGGAACGAUUAUGAGCCUUAUUAUUAUUAUUAUUAUUAUUAUUAUUAUUAAUAAUAUUAUUAAUAUU